UUUUAGCAAAAUUCAUCUUAAAAAUGUACUUUAAAGCCUAGUUUAGUUAAGUUUAGUUACUUAAGAUGGGAACAGAAGUAGUGACGCUUCCCGCUUCGGCGGAAGAUCAAGAAGAAGGCGAGAUUAUAGACGUAGAAGCAUACGAAAAUAUGGAACUCGAGUCCAUUUCAAGCGAGGAAGAAGAAAACCUCAAAGAUCGGAUUCGUGAGCUGGAAACUCGCAACAAAGAACUGGAAAAACUCGCAGCAGUAGCAAAAGAAGAACGUCGAACCUACAAUUAUGACAACUCGGAUUUUGUUGAAAUUUCAUCGGAAGAAGAGACGUAUUUCGAGCCAAAGUCUAUCAGUAACAAAUUUUACGUGCGAAUGCUGCAUCCGAAUGGCAGACGAAGCAAUCCCGUUUCUCGUGGUAAAAAUCGACGAAGUGAUGUAAGGUACAAAAGUCCGGAUAAAUUCCGUAGCAACGUGGUUUCACCUGAUUUUAAGAGGAGACGACGAAGUAUGUCGCCCGAAUAUUAUCAAAAGCCCCGGAACGAUCACAAUCGGGAAAGAGGUAAAAAUGAGUCGUAUCGACGGGAGCACAAGAAGAAAAAACGACGGAAUAACAAACGGGAUUACAGCGAUUCAGAGUCUGAGGGGGAAAGGCACAAGCGAAUUCAGUUGACAGCAGCGGUAAAAAGAGACACUCGCGUUCCAACAUUGCAUGCGGAUAAUCCUUUGAUGAGAAAAUUGAAGUUACGACCCGGAUCAGCGAAUAAAGAGAACGAAAGAUACGCGAAUGGGGAUGAUUUGGAAGUAGAAAAUGUUGAGGACACCAAUGAGCGGGACAUGGAAUUGGAAGAACCCGAAGAAGAAGACGAUGAAUUGAUCGCACUUCGAUUGCAAGCUCUCAAAUCCAAGGCAGAAGUGAAAGAACUGAUAAAUGAACCACCUGCGGAGGCAAGUUCCUUGAAGGAAUUCAAAUCCGACGAAUUCGAUCAGGAAGAAUUGGAGCUCCGGAUGAUCGCAUUGAAGUCAGCAAUCGUGAAAAAAGCUGUCGCUCGCAAAAAACUCAACGAAAAGCCAUAUUCGCCCACUGACGGCUUAGAAUGGACUCCCACAUCGCCCGACAAUCCCUAUGCCAGCAGUGAAAGUAACAUGCAAAUUAGUCCUGCCAUCUCCCCAACGCUUGACGAUGCCGUCCUUCAACCCAUCGACAUGGAAAUUGCAACGCCCGAUCACAUGUCAAACAGUCCAACGUUUUAUUCGUUCGAUGAGAUGAAAAAUACUCCGGAUUACAAUAAUGCAUGGGCUCCUUUUAUUCCAAUGCCGAUGCUUGUUCCCGUCAUGAUACCACAAAUGGUCCCGAUGAUGCCAAAAACGACGAAAAAUGGCGUUCCUUUGGAAUUUUUGAGCAAACCUGUGCGUGAUGAGGUGACGGGAAGUUGUCGCAGCAAUACUCAGUCCCCUUGCAAUACUGGAAUUGCCUCAGAGAGUGAUAUUAAUUCAAAUCUUCGUCCUCGGAGUCGAUCUUUAGAUAGUUUACCGCAAAGUACAAAAGAAGUAGAAGAAGAAAAGAUGCCAAAAGACACAACGACAGAAGAUGACGAGGAACAAGCACUUCGAAAUCUCCUACUGGCAACGAUUUCUCCGAAUAGACAACCCAAAAAAGUCUUACCGGUGAAGGAAACUUCAGCUGACACGACUCUCGAUAUCGAAAGCGACCUCAAAAGAGCAGCAAAUCGUUUCAAGGAACUGUCAGAACACGAAGAAGAAUUAAUCGAAGCGAGUUUGGACAAGAUUUUAUCGAAAAAUGAAAUCCCGGAACAAGUUGAAGCGAAAAUUGAAGCACCAAUUGAAAAGAAACCGGCUGUGAGCUUAAAAGACGUCGUUCAAAGACUCAAAUUAUCGCAAGCGAAAGCAAAAUUAUUGAAAGUUACGGAUGUUAAAGAUGAGUUACCGGUAGAGGAAUGCAAGGAAAGUAAAGUUGAAGCACCUGUGAUAGAAGAAUCCAAGGAAAUAAUUUCCGAAAGUCUUCCUGUUGUUAUUGAAGAGCCAGCAAAAGAUAUUUUAUCAACCAUAGACUCUCCAAAAUGUGAAAAAUCCACUCAAGAAAUGCCAAUUGACAAUCCAAAGUCUGUGGAAAGUCCAAAAACUUUAGAAGAAAAUGCUCCAGAUUCACCAAAACCCGUAAAUUCACCGAAAAUUGACACAUUUUCGCUUCCAAAUACUCCGCCGCCGCCAUUACCGAAAGCCGUAAUGCAACUCAAGCCAAAACAAAUCACGAAAGCAAUGUCUUCAAUAGCUGCUGCCACACUUAACAAACCAAAGCCCGCACAAACAACGAAAUCCGCACCUGUUGUCAUAAUGAAGCGCAAGCUAAAAACGAAUUCUAGUAUCAUAAAUGUGCCAUUCCAGCAUAAGACAGUGGCGAAAAAAGCUCCUACAUCCACGCCAAACAACAUUCCAAGUACUUCGGCGGCAAUUUUAUCGCUUGAAGGUGUCAUCAAACCCGUACCGAAAGUCAUAAUUCGUUUGGGAGAGUCGAGUUCGUCGGAAGAUUCGGAUUCCAGCUCGGAUUGCGACGAGGAAAUGCUCAUGAAUCAAAGUGCUAUUGCAAGUCCGUCACAUAUCAAUGAAAUUAACGGCGUGGCAUCGAGUCCCGCAGCAGAAGAGAAGAAAGAUGAUGAAAAUAUUCCGUCAAAAGUCGAUUCAGCGUUCGAAAGUAAGCUAGAUGAAUUCUUGAAACAAGCACGUGCCAAAACGGAAAAUGUCUCACCGAACAAAGCAUCGCCCGGAAAAGUUACAGUUCCUAAAAUUGUUCAAAAAACACCUUCAGCUGUUCGUCACUUACCGCUUUCAUCGCAGAUUGAAUACAAAAAUUUGCUGGCAAAAAUGCAACUUUUAGAGAAGCAAAAGCAAUCUCGUGUGAAAGCAAAACCAAAAAUCAACUUGGAAGCGGGCGGAAAUAUCAAAGUUACGGUUGUGAAUGAUGCUCCUUGCACUGAAAUUGUGCCUCCAACAAAAAUUGAAGACACUUUCGAGGCACGUUUAGCCAAAAUGAGUGACGAGGCGAAGGAAAAAGCAUUGGAAAAAUAUGAGACAUCCUACAACGACUUCAGCAACCAAUUCGACUCGCAACUCAGUGAUUUCAUGGACCGCAUCACAGAAGCCACAGUUGAGAAGCGCAAACAAAUCCAACUCGAGAUGGAAGCGGAAGAGUUGCGUGCGAAAUUGGCAGCUGUCGAGUCACAAUUAGGGCAUCAACGUGAAAAAGUACGAAAAAUCUACCCAAAUAUCUCGGCGGUGCACAAGAAAAUCCUCGCAACUCGCGACAAAUACGUCAAAAUGGGCAAAUGUUGCGUAAAAUUGGGCCAAACGGUCAAGGGAACGGAUUAUCAGUUUACGAGCGAAGCCAAGGAAAAAAUUGUCGAACGCUUGAAACAGCUGCCCACGAAGACGAAACAACUGAAGAACGCGAAAGAGGAGUACUUGAAGGAACUGGAAGAGGCUCGAAAUGCCAAAUCUGGCAACAAUUCGUACCAAUCAGUGCUUGAUUGCAUGUCAUCGACUAAAACGGGAUUUUCAAAACUUUGCAAUCCUAGAACAAAUGACGGAGUUUUGUGCCCGUUCGACUUAAGCGGGAAAUGCUCUGACAAAGAGUGUAAGUACGUCCAUCUACCAUAAAACCAAACAUUAUUUCUUAAUUUCGGGUAAGUAUUAGUUAGAAGUGAAUGAUGUUUAAUGUUACAAAACAUAAAAAAAAUGCGCGGAAGCAUGAAAAAAAAAAUUAUUUUUAAAAAACGGAUGGAACAGUGAAUCUAAAUAAGAAGAUAUAUAGAAAAUUAUUAAAUAUAUCGAAAGUGAACCAAAAAAUAUCGCCGUGUGAAGCAGAAUACUAUUUACAAGUUAAAUGAUGGAACGACGACCUGUUGGAAAUUAUUGAUAUAAGAAAUUAGUAAAAGAGAAAAAAAAUCAAUUUUCAUACUAUUAUUUUACACUUAAAAUUUUAUCCAUAUAUUUUUUCUAAUGGUUAAAUUAAAACAAU